AUGAGCCUCCUGUCCAGCCGCGCGGCCAGUCUCCCUGGUCCUUCCGGCUCCUUGUGCGCACCGCUGGCGCUGGUGCUGCUGCUGCUGCUGCUGCUGACAGCGCCGGGCCCCUCGCCAGCGUUGAGAGCGCAGGCCGGUCCUGUCGCUGCUGUGUUGAGAGAGCUGCGUUGCAUUUGUUUACACACUACGCAGCGAGAUCCCCCCAAAAUGAUCAGUAAUCUGCAGGUGUUCGCCCCAGGCCCGCAGUGCUCCAAGGUGGAAGUGAUAGCCUCCAUGAAGAACGGGGAGGAAGUUUGUCUUGAUCCAGAAACCCCUUUUCUAAAGAAAGUCAUCCAGAAAAUUUUGGACGGGUACUUGUCACUUUGA